AUGCAUAAUUACAACUCUCAGUACACUCGAAUAGCAAUUUCUUGCGUGUUCGAGCCACUAUCAACGAUAAUACAGCCCAUUAAUGAUAAACGCGUCCAAAUGUUGGAUAGAACAUCACUUUUGCGAAUGGAAGAGAGUAUGCACGAUAGCAUUGUUACCGGUUUGCGGUAUGCAACGCAUUUUCCUGCGGUUAUAGGUGAACAAACCUGUGAUCGUACAAUAAAUGAAUCCUUGUGA